AUGACACUCGAACGCAUGAAGAAGGCGGCCCUCUUCACCCGGCUGAUCGCCUAUGGCUUCCCGAUUCCGCCUUCCAACCCCUCCGAAGUCAAGAAUGUGGUCGUCGUUGGCGCCGCCUUCGCCGGCUACAUUGCCGCUCAUGUUCUUGCCGCAUCGCUACCACGAGAUGGCCGGUACCGACUCAUUAUCAUCGAACCACACAGCCACUUCAAUUUCACAUGGGUGCUGCCACGCUUCUCCGUGGUUGGCGGUCACGAGCACAAGGCAUUCAUCCCUUAUACCCCCGACUUUUUUGCCCGGAGCCCGAAAGGCAUGGUUCAGUGGGUGAGGGACCGAGUAACGUGCGUACAGAAGCAUAACGUCGUCCUUCGCAGCGGCGACGAGAUCCCGUACGAGUUUCUCAUCAUUGCAACGGGGUCGACGGUGCCGCACGGGCUACCCUCCCGCGUGGACACGGAGGACCGGGAAGCUGGAAUCGAGAUUCUCAGGGCGAUGCAGGCUCGCAUCAAGGCAGCGACUCGACUCGUCGUCGCAGGUGGAGGUGCCGCCGGCGUCGAGCUGGCCACCGAUGCCAAGAACCAAUACCCGGAUAAAUCAGUCACUCUAGUACACUCGCGCCAGGCGGUGAUGCAUCGUUUCGGCCCAGAGCUUCAGGAGAGCGCUCUGAAUGGCUUGCGGACACUAGGAGUCGAUGUAAUCCUAGGCGAGAGAGUCGAUCCACAGAGCGCCGACGGCAAGUUUAUUACGCUUGCGUCUGGGCGUAAAGUCGAAUGUGACUGUUUUAUCAAUUGUACGGGUCAAAAACCGGCAUCUGGGUUAAUCGCAGAUCUCGCGCCCAAAGCUCUCACCCCGUCUGGCCACAUCCGAGUAAAACCGACCCUACAAAUUGACGAUGAAUCUCUUCCCAACGUUUUCGUAUGCGGCGAUGUUGCGGAAACCAAGGCCGCCAACACGAACUCACGGAUUGCAGGGCAACAAGCCGAGAUCGCAGCAGACAACGUGGUUCUGGCGGCCUUGGGGAAGAAGCCGAGUUAUACAUAUGAGCCGGGAUGGGCUGACCAAGUCAUUAAGCUAACCCUUGGGAUGUUGAACCUGGCACAGUGCGAUACAUGUGCGGAAGGUGGGGAACAGUUGUUAUAUUCAGUUCGCAGUCAACGCGAUGCUGUGCGUGGACGGGUAAUAUAA